CCACAACAUCCCCUUGCGCAACUUGAACACACUCGCGCCUCGAGCAACCUCCCCACACAUACCAGCGACCGCGCGCUCUUUGAAUCACCCCAAACACGACCCCGCUGCAAACAUGGCAGAGGGCACUCCUACCUUCAAGCUCGUGCUUGUUGGUGAUGGCGGUACUGGAAAGACCACGUUCGUCAAGCGCCACUUGACUGGAGAGUUCGAGAAGAAAUACAUCGCGACCCUCGGUGUAGAAGUGCACCCACUUGGUUUCACCACCAACCUCGGCCAGAUCCAAUUCGAUGUCUGGGACACCGCUGGCCAGGAGAAGUUUGGUGGUCUUCGCGAUGGAUACUACAUCAACGGCCAGUGCGGAAUCAUCAUGUUCGACGUCACAUCCCGCAUCACCUACAAGAACGUGCCCAACUGGCAUCGCGAUCUCGUCCGUGUCUGCGAGAACAUCCCGAUUGUUCUUACCGGAAACAAGGUUGAUGUGAAGGAGCGCAAGGUCAAGGCAAAGACCAUUACAUUCCACCGCAAGAAGAACCUCCAGUACUACGAUAUCUCCGCCAAGUCCAACUACAACUUUGAGAAGCCUUUCCUGUGGCUCGCCAGGAAGCUUGUCGGCAACCAGGGUUUGGAAUUCGUUGCAGCGCCAGCCCUCGCUCCGCCCGAGGUACAGGUCGACCAGGCCGCCAUGGAAGCUGCGCAGAAGGAAAUGGCCGACGCAGCCAACAUGCCACUGCCGGAUGAGGAGGACCCAGAUUUGUAGAGGGAGAACGAAGAUACAACUUACGAAGUCACGGCACGAUGAGGCAUCAGGUCAGGAUGGAGGUUGCACGUUAGCGGGACAGCGCACGCGCGAGACAGCCCGCGCUGGAAUAGUACCAAGGUCACACGGACCAGGCGAUGGAUACGGCUUUGGCGGUUGGUGUGCUUUCUCUUCAACCCCUUCAGCAUCUUGCGCCGACAGCAUGCCAUACGGUGCGCCGUUUUCGUGGCUCUACUUCUAAGAGCGCGAGAACAUUUGCAAGAGCGAUGGCGUUCACAUCAUGCUGCACUGCAUCAUUUAGAUAGACGACCCAUAUUGUAACGAAAAGCACAUUGAUGCGCUCAUGGAUGCCUGC